UCCACAUGACCAGGAUUUGCAUACUUGGAUCAGGGCUGGCCAUGAUUGUUGUAUCUUCAGGGUUAGUGGUGUUCUUUUGCCCAGCAGGUGCACUGUAUGGGCUUCCAGAAGUCAUUGGGUUUCUGAAUGGUGCUUCUAUUCAACACAUUUUUAAUAUCAAGACUUUUUUGGGGACGUUUGUUUCUUGUGUGCUGGCUGUGGCUUCUGGGCUCUUCUGUGGACUGGAAGGCCAUAUGAUUCACUUGGGGGCAAUAAUAGGAUGUGGCCUGACCCAGUUCAAGUCAGACACCCUUGGAAUUCAGCUGCCCUUCUUCACCAGGUUUUGGAAUUCAGCUGAUAAGCAAGGGCAAAGCAGGGAAAACCCCUCAUUUGCCAAAAGAAAAGGCCAUUGUGAACUAUCUGUGGCUCAAAGGAUAAUCAUACAGUACAGCUCAUACGAUAUGUGA